AGCAUAAGGGGAGUACAUAAAGCACUUCAUUCUUUUGCUUUGCAAAUUCUUUUUUUUUUUUUUCCCUUUUUUGGGCAUCUGCGUUAUUCCUAGGCUCAAUUGUCCGAUUCUUGUUGUUUUGGGGGGCGUGUUUUUAUAGAUUUGUUAGUGAGCUGAGCUUCUGGGCGUUGUUACAACUUGGUGAUUACUCUGUAUAAAGCAGCACCCUAACAUGGAUUCAGACCGAGGGAAGAUCUUUAUUGGUGGCAUCUCGUGGGAAACAACAGAGGAGCGAAUCAAAGAAUAUUUUAGGUCAUUUGGAGAUGUUGUGGAAGUAGUGAUCAUGAAGGAUAAAAUAACAGGGCGAGCGCGGGGUUUUGGCUUUGUGGUUUUUGCAGAUCCAUCUGUUGCAGACAGGGUUGUGUUGGAAAAGCACAUGAUCGAUGGCCGAAUGGUGGAAGCGAAAAAAGCAGUCCCCAGAGAUGAGCAGCAUAGCAUGACUAGGAGCAACACUGGCGGCCAUGGGCCAGCCAGUCAGAAUAGGACAAAGAAGAUAUUUGUUGGUGGCUUAGCACCUUCUGUUACUGAGACUGACUUCAGAAACUAUUUUCAGCAGUUUGGCACAAUUACCGAUGUGGUUGUAAUGUAUGAUCACAGUACUCAAAGACCUCGAGGAUUUGGCUUCAUCACUUAUGACUCGGAAGAUGCUGUGGACAUUGUUGUGCAAAAGCCCUUUCAUGAGCUCAAUGGAAAGAUGGUAGAAGUCAAGCGGUCAAUCCCCAAGGAACAAUCUACUGGGAAUGCCAGGCAUCCUGCAGGUGUAUUUGGUGGUGGAGUGGGUAGAGGAGUGAAUUUUGGUGCUGGCUAUGGAUAUGGCUUCAAUUCCAGUUUGGCAGGGCCUUUUGGACCUAGAAUGAACACUAAGCAUGUUGUUGCUCCAGGAGCUAGAGGUGGGUACACUUCAUAUGGACCUACUGGAUUCAAUGCACCUGGCUAUGGAAAUGGCGCAGGAUAUGGACCUACAGUGAAUGGAGGCAGCUAUGGCAGUUCUGGUUUUCGAACCAACCCAAGCUAUUCUGCCAGCACAGGUGGCAGUUAUGGAGGAGCUCCCACUGGCUAUGGAAGUCCUGCUGGCUAUGGGAAUCCAGCAACCGGCGCAUAUAACAACAAUCCAGCUCCAGGGAGAAAUAUGUGGGGCAAUGGAGCCAUACCUUAUACUAACACAGGUAGUUCUGGUGGCUAUGGAAGUGCAGGAAAUGGGAGCAUAACUGAUUAUGGUGGAGGUGCAGCAUGGGGCUUCGGUCAAGGUAGUAAUGACCAGCAAAAUGGAAGCGGUGCUGGGUAUGCAAGUGGCUAUGGAAGCUAUGAAAAUAACUACGGUUCAAAUGCAGGUGCUUAUCCAGCACAAAAUAGUGGGUAUGGAACUGAAGUGGCAACAUAUAGCUCAACAACAGGGGGCUAUGGAGGUGCAUACACUGAUAGUUACAGCAACUCUGCUUAUGGAGACUCAGCUUGGAGAUCAAACCCUUCUGAACCUGUUGGAGCACCUUCAGUAGGCUAUGGGUUAGGCAAUACAGUCAGAGAUGGGUUGCAUAAAUAAACUUUGGCAACAUACAUUUAGGCUAUUGAGUUAAACAUACCGAUGAAUAUAGAGUUGAGAUGACAGUAUGGACUGUCUAAUCUUUUGAAGCUGAGGCGAUCUGGUUGAUGCUGCAACUAUUUGGAGUUCUGCUGCAAAUGAGAUACACUAAAUAUAUUACCGAUGUAAUAUUUAUGCUUUGUAUAUUUUAGCUAUUUAAAUAGUACAAUCCAAUGCAUACACUGACCAAGGGAUGGAAAUUUCUGUGUGAAAUUGAUUAUAAGUAUUUUGGUUUGGUUUCCUGUUUUGGUUCUUAAUUUUAGCUGACAUUAGUGUCAGAUUUAAUGACCAGGUUAGGCUUUAGAUAUUCAGUCACAUUGUGGGUAACUUGGUGUCUUGGCAUGUGACUAAACUGUACAUCUGAUUGAAUUAGGUGUAUUCUCUACUUUUAAAUGUGUUUCUACAAUUUCUGUAAUGGCAUUGUUAUAUUAAAUAUUGAUCAAAGAAAGCUUUUAGUUGUAACUUGUUAA